AUGGGAACAUUCAAAGGUAAUAAUAUCACCGUUUUCAUCCUCGUUGGAUUUCCGACUCGUCCAGAGCUUCAGCCUAUACUAUUUACUGUUUUCCUUCUAACUUACAUUUUAACUGUAGCAGAAAAUGUGAUGAUUAUUCUAACGGUCAAGUUUAAUGUAAACCUCCACAAGCCAAUGUACUAUCUUAUGUGUAGUUUAUCUUUUUUGGAAAUAUGUUAUGUCACAGUCACUGUUCCCAAUCUUCUAAACAUCUUCCUUACACAGAAUACAAAAAUCUCUUUUCUAGCUUGUAUGGUACAGUUGUAUAUCUUUAUAUCUUUGGCCUGCACCGAAUGUGUCCUAUUAGCAGCCAUGGCUUUUGACAGAUGUGUUGCUAUAUGUUUCCCCUUACGUUACACAGUCAUCAUGAAUCACACAUUUUGUACUCAGCUGGCUAUUGGGUCUUGGGUGCUAGGUUUUUCCAUUGCAAUGGUGAAAGCCACUCUUAUUUUUAGGCUUCACUUCUGUGGCCCAAAUGUGAUCAACCAUUUCUUCUGUGACAUUUCCCCGGUGCUGAAUUUAGCUUGUAGUGACAUGUCUUUUACUGAGUUGGUGGAUUUUAUCCUUGCUAUGGUGAUCAUCAUGAUUCCUCUAGUAGUGAUCAUUAUCAUAUAUAUUUGUAUUCUCUGGUCAGUGGUAAGAUUACCAAACAACAUGGGACGCCAGAAAGCUUUCUCUACUUGUGCUUCUUAUCUUGCCAUCGUCAUCAUAUUCUACACAACCACAUUGUUUAUUUAUGUAAGACCAAGAAAGGCUAAUCCAUUUGACAGCAAUAAAUUGGUAACAAUUUUUUAUUCCAUUUUGACCCCCCUCAUAAAUCCAAUAAUCUACUGCCUGAGGAACAGAGAAGUACAACAAGCAAUAAGAAAAUCAAUUACUAAAUGCAUUGCAAAGUAA